UCUCAAGGUAAUUCAGCGGGUGGAAGAAUGAGGAUGACAUUGGCCAAGGAGGAUGUCAAUUUUUUGUUGUGCAAAACAAACAAAUUUCUUAACUGAAUCACUGCUUUUAAUCAUUAGACAUGUUCACAAUUAUACCCUUUUCUCUUUGUUAAUAUCACCAGAACAAAUCCUCUCAACUCUUUUUCUUCUUUUCUACUUCUUCUAUUUACUUCUAAGAAUUUCUCAGUUUCUUCAACUCCAUCUUGAAAUGACUCACUUGUAGUUUUCAAGAAAGUCUUAAAUGAAGAGAUAAUUGUAGCUCAUCACCAUCCACUACGCUCAAAUUGUCAAGAGUUGAAGAAUCGAAUCUAAUUGAAGGGCAAGUAACUGGACAUGGGUUUCGCAUUUUUGUGUUCCAUGUCAAUUAUUCACUUGUAGUCUUGUAGCUUUCUCCAUUCAUACUGCACUAGUUAUUUCAGUUACCCAAGUUACGAGCUAUCCCAGCACCGGCUAAUGAUCUCGAAAAGGUUUUCAGCUUGAGUUGUGGAAAAGAAAACAUUGAGACAUCAGUACUUGGAAAAGUGGACAUGGCUGAAGAAAGCAAAGAUAAGUUCCAUCACUCUGCUAGAGUAUUAGCCAUGCUUGGUCAAGAUCUUAACUGUCUUCCUCAUCCCAUCACUGAAUCAAGAAUGCCGGAGAAUCUUCAACAAAGUGACAAACUUGAAUCAGACGCUGUAAUGAAGAAUAAGAAAAAGAGGGCAGCAACAGACCACAUAGCCAGAAUUGCUUUAGCCGAUCUCGCAAAAUACUUCGACCUUCCAAUAGCAGAAGCUUCAAGAAAUCUGAAGGUUGGACUCACUGUGCUCAAGAGGAAAUGCAGGGAACUCGGUAUACCUCGUUGGCCACAUAGGAAAAUCAAAUCCCUCGACACUCUCAUACGAAACCUUCAGGAAGAGGCAACAAGGCAGGAGAGAGAGAACAAAGCAGCGGCAGCUAUGGCUGUAACGAAGAGGCAAAAAAUGCUAGAAAGAGAAAAACAAGGCAUAGAGAGUAAACCAUUCAUGGAAAUACAAAAUGAGACUAAGAGAUUUAGACAAGAUGUUUUCAAGAGAAGACAUAGAGCUAGAGUUUUUAACAAAAGAUGCUAGCCAUAAUGGCCACAUCUCCGUUUAGCUAGAUGCCUUCACAUUCCAGCAACAAACAAACAAUAAAUAAUGGAAUCUUGAUAAUAAUAUCAAAAACUUUUCAUUUUGCUGUUAAAUCUCUUUGUUUUCCACCAUUUUCACUUGUAAUUACGGCUUUGCUUGACUGUUUCUAGUCUGGCAAAGUCAGUUGAGCCCCAGUACAUUUUAGAUGCGCCAUCAAGAGCUUCAACCAACUUGAGUUUUUAAUCUGAACCUGUUACCAUUUCUUUGGAAACCUAUUAUAGGGGCUCCAAGGUUUGAGUUUUGAGGGCUCCUAAAGGUUCUAUUGUCCCAAAAGGGAUAAAGGGGACCUAAACCAUAUUUAAAUAUACUAAAAUACCCUUCAUCCUCUCACCCUCUUCUUGUCCCACACCGCUCUCCAUCGCUUCUUUUUGCACUAAUCAUGGAUUAUCAAAAUUAUUCAUCGUCGAUUAGGACCUCUAUAAAGAUUAUGGGACGU